UUCUUCUUCAACGUGGCAUAUCCCGUCUAUCUCAACCUGGAGAGACCGAGAGCUUUCCUGGAGAUGACCGCUUGCGUCAUCCUGCAUCUCCCAUCCCCACCUUUAAGAAGAGAAUCAAUUAUCCUGCACUUUUCCUUCAGCUCGGGCAACUCUUGACCCCGUCUCCUUGGCCAGGCCGUUGAUCCGCAGACCAACCUUGGCUUCUCAACAGGUGCACAGCUCAUAAUCCUUAAAGGAAAAACAUGGCAAAGCACCAUCCUGAUCUUAUUAUGUGUAGGAAGCAGCCUGGAAUUGCAAUUGGCCGGUUAUGUGAGAAGUGUGAUGGGAAGUGUGUGAUUUGUGAUUCAUACGUGCGGCCUUGCACACUCGUCCGUGUUUGUGAUGAAUGCAACUACGGUUCUUUCCAGGGAAGAUGCGUAAUCUGCGGAGGUGUAGGAAUUUCUGAUGCCUACUAUUGUAAGGAGUGUACGCAGCAGGAGAAGGACAGGGAUGGUUGUCCUAAGAUUGUCAAUUUGGGUAGCGCCAAAACUGAUCUAUUCUAUGAACGUAAAAAAUAUGGGUUCAAAAAGAGAUGAACCAAUGUUUGUUAUCUUCUAAUUAGCGGUAUGCUUGUAUUCUCUUCAGAAUCCUCUUUAGUCUUCACUUUUUUGACAAACAUUUAUAUGGACUUGUUAAAUUUAUGAAGAAUAUGCUUGGAUGCUA